AUGGGUUGCUGUGGCUGUAGAGGCAACUGUGGUGGCUGUGGCAGUUGUGGUGGCUGUGGAGGCUGUGGUGGUGGCUGUGGCUGUACCACCUGUACCUGCCGCCGUGUGGGCUGUUGCUCUGCCUGUUGCCCCUGCUGCUAUGGCUGCUGUGGAGGCUGUUGCAGCCCCACAGUUGUCUGCUGCCGCCGCACCUGCUGCUGCAGAUCUUGUGGCUGUGGCUCCUGUGGCUGUGGCUGUGGCAAGGGCUGCUGCCAACAGAAAUGCUGCUGCCAACAAAGUUGCUGUAAGAAGCAAUGCUGCUGCUAGAAAAGAGCAAUGAGGAUGAGGGCUGGGCCUCUGUGAAGGAA